AUGUUAUAUGAACUUCAUUUUAUCGGCGAUCAACAGAUUCCUCUUAUCAUAGACAUUUGCAAAUUAAACGGACCGAGAUCUGCAAUUUUCUUAUACUCCGAAUCGAUAAAAGAAAUGGAAAUGAAAACGAUGAUGUUCAAAUGGAUGCGUGCACUUUCUCGUGAAGGUGUUGCCAGCACGAAAUUGCACUUUUCACAGUUGCACGAAUCAUCGUAUUACGUAAAAGAAAUUGCACGACCAUAUUACAUAGCGCUGAUCUCUAAUUUCAACGCGAUCAAUGAAUUCUCUUUAGCAACAAAUACCUUUGAUAUGUCUUCAGCAGUGUGGCUAGUGAUAUUUAUUUACGAGGAAAAUAGUACCGAUUAUUGUCACAAUCCACCAGGUAAUAUAUUUCACUUGAGAUUCAAUUCAGAAAUGUUGGUCCGUUGUGGUACGGAAAAUAUUUUACGAGAAUGGUAUUCGAUCGAUACAAAUCGAAUCGAGAUUAUGGAUGUAGCAACUUGGAACUUAGAUAAAGGAAUCACUAAAAUGGUUCCAGAUUUUCUUUACGAAAGAAGAUAUAAUUUACAAGGAUUUAUUAUGAAGGCUGUUACAGUUAAGAGUUCAUCAUUUACGAAUGUAAAAAAGGAUGGUGUAUCAUACAGUAUGUACCGUGAAAUAUUCAGAGAACUUUGUGUCACUCUCAAUUUUAGUUUAGAGAUUGUCUCGGAAGCAGAAGAGUAUGGAAGAUGGAAUCCAGAAGAAAAGAGUUGGACUGGAGCCAUUGCAGAAUUAUAUGCAGGACGUGCUGACAUUUCUCUUUCAGGUUUUUCUAUUACCAGUGCCAGGUUGAAUGCUGUUGACUUCACACAUCCUGUUUUUAAGACUAAAAACUUCCUCGUUAUUCGAGAACCAGAAAAAUUCGGGAUUAAAUGGUCAUCUUAUUUUCAAACUUUCACUAAUACCGUUUGGAUUGCUAUACUUGGAAUAUUAAUGACUGCAUCGAUCUUACUAAUUUUUCCCAAAAUAAAAAGUGGAAUUGAUCGUAAAAUAGGAUAUUUAUUCAUCGACAAUUUUAUGGAGAUUUGGGGUAUAUUUUGUCAACAGGGACUGGCAGAUUUUUCUGGUGGAUUAUCGUUAAGAAUAACAUACUUCUCUAUAUUUCUUUUGGUUACCGUUUUGUCGGCCGCUUACUCAGCGAGUUUGAUAAGCCUUUUAACGUCUUUUAGCCUUAUCUUACCCUUUGAUUCAUUCGAGAGUUUCGUUAAAGAAGGUACUCAUCGACUUACCGUCAUUCGUGGUACAGCUGAUUAUGAUAAAUUUGCAAAUUCGGCAGAUCCGCUAUCGAAGAAUGUGAUGAAGCUGAUGUUAGAAGAGGAAAAAUUGCCUCUAAAUGUUCAGGAGGGAUUUAAAAAUAUUUGUAAAAAUCGUAACCUAGCAAUCUAUUUGCUUGACCAAGAUUAUAUAGUAAAUCUGAAAAUACCAUGCAAUGUGGUUCGUAUUGCGACAGGAGAUGUAACCAAUUUUGCUUUGAUUUUAUCUAAGCACAAUCCUUUCACCGGCAUUAUCAAUUUUCAGUUGCAGAAAUUUCUCAAGAAUGGUAUAAUGCAUCGUAUAAAAGAUUCGACAUUCAAGAAGAAAUCCUUUCAUAUAAUGAACUAUCAACCGGUCCCCCUAAUCAGCUUAAUAUCGCUUCUUAUGCUUAUUCUUACUGGUAUCAUUUUCAGUAUUUGUAUCUUGAUUAUAGAAAAGUUUAUUUUUGUUCGUAAAACUAAGAAGAGGUCAAUCGUAAACGAAGAAGAGAUGCAUCAUAUUUCUUCGAUUAAAUGAUCAGGAUUUUCUGUAAAAAGGAAAAAAAUGUUAGAAAUAUUAGAAAACAUUACGUGAAAUGUAAAUGUGCACGCUUAAAUUAUUCAAAAUAACGGCAAUGAAAAAAAAAUUCUCAAAGAAUUUUUAUAUUCAGAUUAUAAUUUUAAUAGAUAUUUAAAGAAUAGAAUAGAAAUACGCGUACAUAUAUCUAAGUUCUUGCAUAAUUUCGUAUAGCUUUAUAUUUAAACGGAACUGUUUCUUUAUAUUCUACAUGUGGUGGUGUAUUUAACAGAUUUGCUAUAUUUAUCGAAUGUUCGUACAGAUAUGUUAAUUUUUUCAAACUAUUUCGAAUUUAUAUGCUUGCACGAAGUAUGAUAUACUUAUUUAUGUCAUAGCGUCAAAAAUAAUUACUUUCAUUGCUUUUUAUAUAUGAAUAAUGAUAAGACGGUAUAAUGAAAUCACGUUUUCGCAUAUUUAAAAAAAAAUAUCUAUUUUACACGAUUAUCCAUGAUCAUUAUAGCAGUUACACUCUCGAGUUUGAAUUUUACAGAUGUUUCUUCUAUUAUUAUGAUGAUCUUAUAUGGUUCUCUAUUUUUUAUAUGUUCGAUUAGGAGGAUUCUUUCAACUGUUUUGUCUUGAUUGUCUCGAUUUGUCCUCGAUUUUUUUCAAACUUUUGCAAGAUGCUUCAUUAUACCACACUUUUUGCAUCCUAUAUUGAGAUCGAAAUAAAAUUUCGUUGCUGGAUGGUUUUGAUCGUAUCUGAAACAAAUAAUAUCAAUGGUUGUCAGUAUAUUUGUAAGUAACACCUUUGAUAACGUAGAUCUCGAUUGAGAAUUCGUAUUUGUCGAUCAUGUUUUCUUAAAAAGCUCGAUAUUACACAUACAUCCCAUUUUAUUUCGUUCGUGCCCGAUUACGUAACAUAUUUUUGAUUUACUACAGAUGUAACGAUAUGUACCAUCUAAUUUAAUCUAUCUCUUUUUAUUUAAAAACCGUGCAUAGACUUAUUAAUUUGUCAACAAAUAACUUGCUUUCAUAAUUCUGCAUUUAAGUAAUCACACGUAAAUACUUAAUUUACGUAGUAAAUUUUGUGAUCCUAAUUUACUAAGAAAUAUUGUGUGAAAUCCUUUUUGGUUUAUUUCUGCAGAAAUGAUAAUUUUUUCUAAUUAUUUAUAAUGUAAGUGCUUUAAUAUAGAAAGUUUAUACAAGUUAGUUGAAGCCAAUUUAUAUUUAUGUCGAUUAGGGGAAAUCAUAUCGAAAGUCGUACAUCCUGAAAAAUGUAGUAAAAAUUCAUUGAUAUCUUGAAAACUGCUAUCACAACUUUAAAACGUUAUAGCUAUCUCUCGCAAUUUCAAAUAACCAAGUCGAACAAUUCGAUGUUGAAUAUAUCUCUGUGACAUUACCUCCAACAUUGUUGCUAUUAUACUUAGCGUUUACGGAUGUAUUCUAUAAAGUUCUUCGUCCAUUUCUUUACCUCACAUUCACAAGUGUACGUAUUUCUACGUAAUGUGCUUUAAAACUUAUAAUGCACUUAACUUUAUUACUUUCAUCGUAUUCUUGCAGCCAAUUUAUUGUAUAGUUCACAUAGAAAUGAAAUUAGAUCGUAGAAAUAUUCAAUAUUUUCCAUAUUUUCUCUCUUCUUCCAAUCAAUUAUGUAGGAUCAGUGCCUUCGAUGGCUAAUGUGAAACUAUAUGAAUAACUAAAAGAAAACGUUGACGUUCUACCAUUCGUACAGUUUACCUAUCAUAUUGACCUAUGCUCUUUAACGAAGGCUUUGCACUUAUUCAACGGGCAUAUCGCGAUUUAUAUUACUUUCAUUUCCUACUAGAUCGUUACUAUUAGGGCGUUGAGAAGGGCCAUAAUACUCGUAAAAUUGGAAAACACUGCAUUCCAGUUAUGUAUGAGUCUCUUUUUCUUUUAAGCCCAAGAUGGGUCAGUGAGAAAUAGAUAACUUGUACGAAUGAAAAUUUUUUUCUUAUUUUAUUUCUUUUCGAAAGGUACAAAAUUAAUGGUUAGAACCCCGGCGAGAUAUAUAUUAUACAAAAUGGAUUUUCGAAUUGAUAACGUCUAAGAAUCUUUGAUUUAUGUCAACGCACGAAUGAAGCUAAAUAACUUUC